UCCCAUAAGAUGCUAGGUCUAUCCUAUGCAAUAACAAUGAACAAUUUUUAAUGAUUACCACUAAACGUUAUAAUAACGGAUAAAAGGCGGAAAUAAUGGAAAACGUUAUGGAAGGUGUUAAUGGACAACUGCAAACGAAAUAUCAAAAGAUUGCUGCGGAAUAUUCAAAAAUUCGUGCUCAAGCAAAUGUUUUAAAAAGGGCUGUGAUUGAUGAACAAACACGUAAUGCAGAUAUUAGAGAACAAUUGAAGGAAAAGGAAGUCGAACUUCGAAGAGCAGAACAAGAAUUAGAUAGCUUAUCAUUUCGAAAUCAGCAGUUAACUAAACGAAUAACUGUAUUACAAGAAGAACUUGAAAAAGCACAAAAUAAAUCCAAAAAGGGAAAAACUAAAUUAUCAGAAAGUAAUAGCCAAGUAUUAGCAUCGCCAAAUCAUAUUUUAGAUGAAGAAUUUCAGAAGAAAAUAGUUGAGAAUGCUCAAUUAUUGUCUCAAAUCCAUGAUAAAGAUAGUGAAAUUGAAACUUUAAAUGAAAGAACACAACAAUUAGAAUAUAAAUUAAAUCAUUGUGAAAAGUCUAAAGUUGAAAUAGAGUGUCGAUACCAAAAUACUAUAGAUAAACUUGAAAGAGAAAAAAGUGAUUUACAAAAAAAAUUAAAUGAUAAACAAAAGCAAGAGGAAACAGUAUCAUGGUCUAGUAAUGAAGGCAAACGAGAUGGAUAUGAAUGUGAUACAAGAGUAGGACAUUCUAAUCAUCCACAAAUACAACCUUCUCCAUUUUCAUCACCAUCAGCAUCACGUAGAUCAUCAAAGUCUAUUGGCGAAGGUCGACCUCAUAAAGUAAAUGAAGAAAAUAAUGAUUUUGACUUUUUAAAAUUGUGUAACUUAGAAAAAGAGAUCAGUCAUUGGAAGGCACAAUAUCAGAUGAUUAAGAUAAAAUAUGAUGAAAUAGAACAAAGAGAAAGCUUACUCAGUAUACAGAUUGAACACCAACCUUUACAACCUGAAGAAAUAAAUCACAUGAUUGGAAGACUAACAGUACCUUUUGCAAUACCAGAAGAGAUUGAAGCUCGAGAAGCAAAAAUCAGAGAUUAUUUUCUACGAGAGAUUGAUAAAUUAGUAUCAGAAAAACAUAUUUAUCAUGUAAAAAAUUUAGCUAUGGCUGCUAAUAGUGAAGUUAUGCAAGUUCAUUUAAAUACAAGUGAAUCCAAGAGGGAAAAAUGUGAAUCUGCACUUACAGAAGCAGUUUCAAAUUGCAGUAUUCUACAAAAAGAUAAAGAAACACAAGAAGGAAAUUAUAAGGUACAGCUCAGUACCAUGAGUGAACAUCUUGCUAAUAUGAAUGAGAAACUUAUUUCUCAAACAGAAGAAAUACAACAAUUAAAAUUUCAACUUGCAAACAAGAAUAGUAAAAAAGGAAAACAAAAGUGA